AUGGCGCUGUCCCUCGCAGGCAAGCACUGCGUCGUCGUCGGAGCCACCGGCGUCAUCGGAUUCUCCAUAGCAAAGGCUUUCUCCCACCACGGCGCCGUCAUAUCUCUGCUCGGCCGCUCCGUCCUCGAUGCGCGCCCUCGUCUGGAGCCGCAGCUUCGCCCCUACAGCCUACCCGGGACUGACGCCGACACUCCCUCGGCUCACCAGUUUAUUCGUCUGGAUGCUUCGAGUCGGGACGACAUCAAAGCUGUGUUUGGUUCACGCGGAUCAUCAAAGUCUUCCGUCGGACCAAUUGAUAUCCUCGUCAACUGUGCCGGCAUUUCUCAGACCACCUUGUUAAAACGAACUCCAGAUGAGGAGCUCUCAUCCAUCGUUGAUACAAAUUUGCUGGCUACUAUGCUCGUGUGCUGCAUCAUCAACGUCUCUAGCCUCAUGGCAACAAAAGGUGGUUUGGGGGCUACAGCUUAUGCUGCAUCCAAGGCUGGAGUAAUCGGCUUUACCCGUGCCUUGUGCCGUGAGAUGGCGUCUCGGUCUAUCCGUGUAAAUGCUCUGCUGCCCGGCUGGGUUAACAGCUCCAUGUGGACUGAUCUCAAGCCAGAAAUCCAGCAAGCCUAUCUCAGAGAUACUCCCCUCAACAGAGUGGCAAAUCCCGCAGAGGUUGCUGAUGCCGCUCUGUUUCUGGCAUCCAACGGCUUUGCCAACAACUGUAUUCUCAACCUCGACGGUGGACUGAGCGCUGCUUGA